CCGACUGAUUGUUUGUACUGGUAGUAAUUAACUUCAUAUGCUGUAGUGUUAUGCUUUAAGUUAUAUCGAAAGUCAUAAUGUGAUUUCAGUUUUGUUCUAUAUAUAUUGAUUUUAAUCUCUAUAACUUUAAUUAUUUUUAUGCAAUCUUGCUUUAUUUAAUUUUUUUUGUACUUUAAUUUCUUGUUAAAAGUUACUUUGAUGCAAGUUUUAAAAUUACCCGAGAGGUUUUGGGUUUAGACAGCGCCCCCUGUGUGCUUUAGUACUAAUUGAGAUGUUAGACUUUGGUACUAAAUGAGAUGUUAGAGUUUGGUACUAAAGGAGAUGUUAGACUUUGGUACUAAAUGAGAUGUUAGACUUUGGUACUAAAUGAGAUGUUAGACUUUGGUACUAAAUGAGAUGUUAGAGUUUGGUACUAAAGGAGAUGUUAGACUUUAGUACUAAAUGAGAUGUUAGACUUUGAUACUAAAUGAGAUGUUAGAGUUUGGUACUAAAGGAGAUGUUAGAGUUUGGUACUAAAGGAGAUGUUAGACUUUGGUAAUAACUAAGAUAUUAGUAUUAGAUUUUGUUACUAAAUGUGGUGUUAGAGUUAAGUAUUAAAUGAGCUAUUAGACUGUGGUACUACAUGAGAUAUUAUGGUUUGGUUCUGGUACUAUAUGACAUGUUAGGCUUUGGUACUGGAUGAAUUAUUUAGUUUGGUGUUGAACACGUUAAGUUUGUGGUGACAUUUGUUUUACCACUGUUCUUUGGGGGCUGUUCUUGUUAUGAACACUUCAUGUUCUAAUAAAAAAUCUGGGAAGACAGUAUUACUAACAAGCUUUUUCUCUUGAACAAAUGAAGAGUUGUCAGCUAUAACUAUAAUGUGUGAUGAUGAUUCAUAUGUUGAUUAUAAUGGAUGUUCUCAUUUGUUUAUGACCCAGUAAAUGACAUUAUUUUAUUCCUCCAUUCUUGUAAUUAUUCAAUUUGUUUCCCUAAUUCAUUCAAAGUAAACACCCACAUCUUCUUACCUCACACUAGCCACAAAACAAACACCCACAUCUUCUUACCUCACACUUACCACAAAACAAACACCCACAUCUUCUUACCCCACACUUACCACAAAACAAACACCCACAUCUUCUUACCUCACACUAGCCAUAAAACAAACACCCACAUCUUCUUACCUCACACUAGCCACAAAACAAACACCCAUAUCUUCUUACCUCACACUAGCCACAAAACAAACACCCACAUCUUCUUACCUCACACUAGCCACAAAACAAACACCCACAUCUUCUUACCUCACACUAGCCACAAAACAAACACCCACAUCCUCUUACCUCACACUAGCCACAAAACAAACACCCACAUCUUCUUACCUCACACUAGCCACAAAACAAACACCCACAUCUUCUUACCUCACACUAGCCACACAACAAACACCCACAUCUUCUUACCUCACACUAGCCACAAAACAAACACCCACAUCUUCUUACCUCACAGCCACAAAACAAACACCCACAUCUUCUUACCUCACACUAGCCACAAAACAAACACCCACAUCUUCUUACCUCACACUAGCCACAAAACAAACACCCACAUCUUCUUACCUCACACUAGCCACAAAAAAAACACCCACAUCUUCUUACCUCACACUAGCCUCAAAACAAACACCCACAUCUUCUUACCUCACACUUACCACAAAACAAACACCCACAUCUUCUUACCUCACACUAGCCACAAAACAAACACCCACAUCUUCUUACCUCACACUAGCCACAAAACAAACACCCACAUCUUCUUACCUCACACUUACCACAAAACAAACACCCAUCAUCUUUUACCCCACACACCUCACACCACAAAACAAACACAUCUUCUUACCUCACACUUACCACAAAACAAACACCCACAUCUUCUUAACUUACACUUACCACAAAACAAACACCCAUAAUCUUUUACCUCACACUUACCACUUAACAAACAGCCAUGUCUUCUUACCAUAAUCCUGUGUUUUUAGAAUUCCUGCUUGAAUGCUUUGUUUUCGUAACUGUUUGUUAAAUAGUUAAGUUCAAUCAAAGAGUUUCUUGUUCAUGUAAUCAAACGAGAUAGUUUGACUUUAAAUUCUCAAUUAUAUAAAGAAUAAAAUCUACCAAUAACUCACCCAUCAAUAACAUACUUCAAUAAAUCUGUCAAUUUAUUUGUUUUGGUCUAUACCCUUGGGCUAUAAGUAGAGGUUGAUGAAACUGGUUUAUCAGAUUGAAAGUGAUAAAGAAUAGUUUUAGUUGUGUUAGUGUAUGGUAGUGUGUUAGUCUAGAGUAGUGUAUAGUAUAGUAAUGUACAGCAGUGUAUGGUAGUGUAGUUAAUGUUUGGUUGUGUGUUAGUGUACAGUAGUGUCUUGGUGUACAGCAGUGUAAGGUAGUGUGUUAGUGUAUGGUAGUGUGCUUGUAUAAGAGACCUAUUUGAAGGGUGAAAUUUUGUCUAUUCUCUGUUAGCUUUUCAUCAAAAUAGUCUUGACAACAUCUAUUUUCUAUUUAUGAGGAGUCGAAAAUAGAUUUUUUAAUCUAGUGUAAACAUGACAUAAGACUUUGGCAAUCUUAUUUAUUGAUCCCAAUAUUAGAAAUUCUCUUGUCACUCUGUGGGGUCCACUUCAAUAUUGAUUUUUCUCAAAUUGAGACUGUCAAUUCAUUAACUGCCAAAUAUUGGUACUGCUUACGUCAUACACUUUGUUAGUGGACUCGGGCGAGACUUUCAAGUUAAAAAUAAAGAUGACAUAUUUGGCUUUCAAUCCUUGUAUAAUGAAAAAAAUAAGCAGUAGAAACAAGUUAUCCUCUCUUUGUUGAAAUAUCCCAAUGGUUCCUAAAUGAACUUAGUUACAGUCAUUACAUGAAAUCGUUUUAUUGAAUAGAGAGUGAUACAUUAGUUGACCAACACAUUUGCUGACCAACACAGUAGAUGACCAGCUCGGUAAAUUGACUAACAGCAGCUGACCAACACAGCAGUUGACCAACAUGGCAGUUCACAAACACAUUUUCUGACCAACACUGUAGAUGACCAACACAUUUGCUGACCAAUGCAGUAGAUGACUUAUCAGCAGUUGACCAACACAUUUUAUUUAUAAUUCAGGUGCUGUAAAAAUUGAUAGAAAACAGCAUACACCUGCAUCAGAAAUAUUUGAUCUUAUUUAGCUUGGUCACAUUUAAUUUGGUCUUAUUUAGCUUGGUCACAUUUAAUUUGGUCUUAUUUAGCUUGGUCAC